AUGAACAUUUAUCCAAACCGCCUUCGUUCAUUUCGUGUUAAUUCAAAAUGGCCUCGCUCAAGCAAGGAGCGUCCUCCUAUUGAAGACUUUGCAUCCGCAGGUUUUUAUUACCCUCAAAAACCAAAAACAGUAGAUUCAGUACGCUGCUUUCUUUGCAAGAUUGAUCUGAAUCAAUGGGAUCAAAAUUCAUCUCCAAUGGAGCGACACGCACAUGUGUCGCCUUUGUGCUCAUGGGUACUGCUUGGAUUUCCUCAGAGUACGAAAUUGCUUCAGGUCAAUCCAAGAGAUAUAAAUAGCUGGCCAAAGAGUGAGACGAUGAAAAAGGCGCGUCUGAGGACAUUUGUGAAAGAUAAUUACUGGCCACCACCAUCAGCCCGAACAUCUGAUCUGAGUCAUCGACGACGACAAUUACCUACACCUUCUAAAUUGGCAGCCGCAGGCUUCUGUUAUAUCCCAAAUUCUGAAAGGGACACAAAGGUAGUGUGUGUGUAUUGUCGAUGUACAAUUACGGACAAGGAUAUGUCUACUGAUCUGGCAGAAAAGCACAGAGAACUAAAGCCAGAUUGCCCUUUCUUUCAAACAUACACUGCGCACACAGAACAGGAAGAAGAUAAGAAUAAAGAUGACGAUGGUGGUGAUGGUGAUGAAGGGGACAGCCGGGACAGUUGGACUUCUGCCGUGAGUGAAUUGGAUAAAAAUGCUGCAGAUAAAGACAAAGGCACCAUGAGACGAGUGACUCGUCAGACCAUACAAACGCCCACAUCUGAUACCCACAAACUUCGACCAAGUUUGGAGAAAAAGAGGGCAUCGCCGUCUAGAGAAGAUGUACCCGGGCUAGCAGGAAAAAGAAAGAGGAUCACAGAAGAGAGGACACCAGAAAAAGAUAAGAAGAUCAAAUUUGACUUGAAAGAGACCACCAAGGACGCCAAGGUUGCCAAUGUCGCCAAGGUCACCAAGGUCACCAAGGUCACCGAGACCAGCCAGUCUCCCAGAGAUAAUUUCAAGGAAGACAGUGUAUGGAAUAUUUCAAAGGCAUUCGAAAACAAGGAUGGUCUUGGAAGGAGACAGCUUCCGGUACCAAAGACUAUACUGACAUAUUCCAAACGACAACGAAAGAAAUUGGCGCCAAUUCUGCCAGAUGAAUUGACCGACCCAAUUGCGGAAAGGCUUGCUGAGUCUAAUACAAAGAUCAUCAAAACAAACGGACUUUUGACAAAUACCUGUGUCGAGACAGGGACUACUACUGGAUUGGAUGUGUCAGAAAAUUCUCCUGGCCUAGAUACACUCCCUAGAGAGGAGGAACCCUCGGUGUCAAAAACACAACCGAGGAUUCCUUUACAGGACAAGGGAAAAGGAAAAGAGCUCCCCUUGAUGGCAGUUGGAAGAAAAACUUUGAGUUUAUCAAAGAAAAGGUCCAAGAUAGUCGAUUUACCUACUACGACGGUAGAUAGUCAUUCAAGACAAACCGGCGAAUCUGAAGAGCAGACAAUUCAGAAUAAGAAGAGCCUGAUUGCUACUGAGGAAGAUGAGGAGGGUUCUGGAGGUAAUAGUGGUGGUGAGGUGGCCCAGAGAACUAGAGAAACCACACCUCCUGUAUCAUCGGGGUAUGUGGGAUUUCAACGAAAUUUUACUACUUCUACACCAAUUCGACAUGGAAUGAUCUUGCCUGACCUGGAAGAUGACGAUAAUUGGCUUGCAUCACCUAUCCGACCUCAGGGAAGUUCGGGUGCCUUUCGGUCUCCUGGGUUUGGACUUUUUCAAUGUACACCCCACACUGACGUAGAGAGAGUGAGAGUUAAUGAUGAGAGUCGAUUAAGGUCACGGAGGCCCAAUUUUCCCAUGUCUCCAGUGUAUAAUCACAGGACUGUACCAUCAGAAGAUAAUAUUAGAUCAGACACCAGGCACUCGCUUACACAGGAGCAGCUGAAGAUGACGGUAGAGGACUAUUUGAGAUCACUGAUGGAGGAUAAAAUAGCUGCAGUAAAAAGACGUGGAGAUGAGCAAAUUAAUGAAAUAGAAAAACAGGUAGAUCAAGUGCUGUCAGUGCUUGAAUUACAAGAUAGUAGAUGA